AAAUCCUUUUUGGGCGCACCUGUUCUCACUUAUACUUUACAGGUCAUGAGCUAAGUGGUUCCGAAAAUGAAAGCUGCUGGUCAAUUCGUGGCGCAUUAACAGCUCAGUCCCUAAACAACCCUGAUGCUUUUGACAAUCACAUUAUGACCCCAGAGCAGAGAGGAGAGUUUUCUCCUCGGUCAGAGAGCAGCGUCGUCGGUACCAGCUUUGCAUUUACCACAGCUUCUCCUUCAGUACUUGAAGGUUUUGCAUCUUCAUUGCCUUUGAGCUGCAACCCCGAACACAUCCAAGCAGAAGAUGAUAUGGUAAGGUCUACAGAUUGUCAUGUACCUGGAACAAGAGAGAACUAUGGUGAUCAGUUCACGUGGACUCGUCAAAACAAUGAGAUCGUCUCCUCGACCAAAUGUAAGACCUUGCUGACAUCUGCAUCCUUUCAAAACCAUAAACCGUCAGGAGCUCCACCUGACAGCAGUUCCGUGGACUUCUUGUCCGUCAGCAAAAGACCUCCUGAGAGUAACUCUGUGAACUCUCCAUCUUUUGUUCAUGGAUUCCCAAGUAGCAGGAAUGGCGCAGGUAGUGUUUCUGUUCAACCAGAAGGUGGAGUUCAGUCUGAUUUGAAACGAUCCAUGGGUGGUGUUCCAGAGCAACAGAUGUCUCCUAAGUUUACACCAGAGCUGGCCAACGAGAUACUUAUCCAUUUUGGGCUUGACAAGGACGACUUGAGGCAUCUCUUGUCGUACCCUGAAGAUCAGAUUAACGCAGAGAAUUUGCCUCUCAUCUUGAAGCAAAUCUCUACAGAAAAGAUGCAGAAAGCACAGGUUUCCUCAGAAAACUGCUCUGAUCGUCAGGGCUUUACUGGAAUAGACGGAAAGGAUGGAAUCGGGAUGAAGAUGCACCAAGACAAAGGAUCGCUGACUGUUUCUCCAGGGAUGGACCAAACCAUGGGGGCUGGAAGAGAGUCCAUUCCAGAGGAUGGAGCUCAAAUUGGUACAUCGUGUAUGGACACAUUGAAUAAUGGUCACCAUUGUGGGGAGCAAGUGAAAAAUGGAUGUUCUUCUACCUCCUGUGACCAAGGGAGUUGUGUCUUCAGGCUGAGAACAUCAGUGGUCCCUUCAAGCGUCGUUCCAACUGGAGAACUGAAAGCCCAGGGAAACCGGACAUCCCAAUCAACUUGUUCUUUUCAGAAGAACAUUAGGCAGCUCAAUUCACAAGUUUCCAAAUCUGUUCUUAAAGAACAAGCAUCAGGUUCCUCAACAACAUUAACACCUGAACUGCUGGGAAACCAUCAAAGCAAUGGUCACAGAAAACAAGAUGAACAAUCCUCAAAGAUUUCCAAGCGUUUGCCCAAUCAAAGUCGACGUGUGGCGCAAAGACCAAUGCUGGUCCAGAAGAAAUCACUGUUCACGCAGCCCAACAGAGAAAAACCUUGUUCUUCUGGGAAACCAGUUCCUCCCUGCUGUGAUGAACCACAGACCAUGAACGUUUCUCCAGCUCUACCUUCUCCGAGCUGCAUGGACUCAUGGGAACGACAUUCCAGCACAAACCUUCAUCAGAUGUUCUAUGGGAGUUUUCCAGCACCAUCCAUGAUGGAGGAAUACGCUGCAACCCUACCAGGAAGCUUUCCACACACGUGCUGCCUCUGUAACACACCAUCUUACCACAUUGAGGACUGGAUCUGCCACCAGAACAGCAACCUUCACCUUCAGAACUGCAAACUCCUCAGACAGCAAUACCCUGCAUGGGACGGUAAAGUUCAAAGGUUUCCAGAUUACAGGCCUCCAAAACCUCCUCAGACAUCCCAGAAUCUUAGACCAAAAUCCAGACAAGAGAUCCCACAAAGACGGGCUGAAUCCAGUUCCUGGUCUCCAUUGUGGAGUCCGUGUCCGGACGACAACUUAGGAGGUCCAAGAUGUAGAUGCAGCCGACAAUCGCAGUUGUCAGAUUUUUCAAGGACUCGUUCUCGGUCCCCUCCAUACCGCUGCCGCCCCACCUCCUCUCAUCAGCCACAUUUGAAGGACCACGAGGGGCGCUCUUCAUCAGGAAGUGGGGAGAAGAGGAGGAACAGUCCGCCUUCAAGAGAGCAAGGAAAGGAACGUUCUUUUUCUAGGAGGUCGUCUGGUAAAAGGAAGAAGUCCAGAAUCGUGGAUAAACUGACAAAGAAACUGCUGGAAACACCAGCCGUCCAGUCUCUGCUGGAGCUGCCAAACCUGGAGGAGAUGCUGAAAACUCUGAUUCCUCUCCUCCUCGCCGAGUUCAGAAAGAUCAAGUCAUCUUCUUCACGCAACUCUUAUGAAGUGAAGAGACGGACGACAAAGAGCCGUCGCAGAAAUCCUGAUCAAACCGCUGAGAGACUUUUAGCCGCUAAUGCCAAGGAUGUAGAUCUUCAGAGUUCUCCAGCUUCUUCUCCUCAUCAAAAAUCGUCUGACUGCGCACUGUUUAGUGAAUCAAUUGAAACGCACAAGCAGAAAGAGACCACCAAAGGGAAAGGUGUCCCAAAAGCACCAGGUUUGCUUUCGAGAAUCCCGAAAUGUGCACCUCGGAGGGUUCCAAAGGGAGGUCCGGAGACGGGCCCAGAAGCAGAACCUCUUCAACCUGACGACGAAGCCGAAGACGUUCGGACAGAGUCCAUGGAACCAGAAGCUUCAGCUUCAGGGGAACAAAAUGACUCACUGGACGCUGAACAACACAACACUCGUCCAACAACCAGUGAAGCUGCAGAUCGUCCCGAGGGGAACACCGUCCGAUGUCCACAAACUCCACCAGCACCGAGAACCCAACCGCCUGCAGGGACAACAGAGACCGACGGGGAAACGGCAACACAGACGACGGUGAAAACCCAGAGGGAGGCGUUGCCGCAGCAGCAGGUGGGUUUCAAACCCUCGGCCGCUGCCUCGUCUCUGACCGUUGGAGAACGGCUGUCUGAACUGCUGCAUCCAACCAGAUUCCGUUGUCUCAGUCAGAACGCCGUCAUGUCAUCAAAAUUUUCUCGUCUCCACACUCGUCUGCUGUUAAUCACUGGUCUGCCUGAGUACGCGGACGGCCGCUACACCGAGGAGGACGUGACCCAACUGCUCUGCCCGUUCGGAUUCAAACCCUCCAGCAGAGGCCUCUAUGUCCUUCCUCAGGCGUGUCUGGCUUUCGCGGUCAUGCCGUGUGCCGACAGCGUCAGGAGCAUCAUCGCGUUUUCUAGCAAGGAGGACUUGAUGCUCAAAGGUUCCCGGCUUGGUUUGCACGCGGUGAUCAGCAGGAUUUCGACCACACCUUUUGGGUUUUAUAAAUCCCUCAUGAAAAAGGUUCACGUGAGGGUGAAAGACGACGGUUCGAGGACCGUUUUCGUCCAGAACAUCUCACCCAGCGAGGCCAGAGAGCUCAGAGAAACGCUGACAGCCAUCGGUUCCCUGAAGAACUUCCUGCCUCUGCUCAACAAGGCGUUGGUGGAGUUUGAAUCCAUGAGUGGCGCCGAUCGUCUGGGCGUCUGGUUCAGCCUCCUGAAUCCGUCUCCAGUUUACAGCAUCUACAGGAUGAAGAUCCCACAGAGCAGCAGGACGCCGGCGCCACCAGAACGGGCAGUGAACGUUUUAGCGGGACCAGUGAUCCCAAACGCAAGUGGAGACGUCCCACAUGGCAGUGCGCCACCCUUUUGGGUCACCAUGACGGCCAAUCCCUUUAUUUUCCCAACCAACUGGCCUUGGUUCAUUAUUCCAGAUUACCUGACGGUGGAAGGGAUGGGGGACGUUGAGAACGCUCCGUCUCCCCGUUUCCCCUCCUCCACCGUCCUGAUGACGGGUUUGCCUCGAGGGAACUUCACGCACCAGGACGUCGCCAAGCUGGUUUGGCCCCAUCUCCCCCAACGGACCCUUCGCUCUUUACUCUACGACGUGACGGUCCUCCCAUUGCAGAGACGGGCUUUCGUGCAUUUCAACGACUGGGACUCGUGCUGCCGGUUUCUUAGGAGCCACAUCUCGGAGCGUGUUUCCGUCAGAGGCUGCGUCCUCAGCGUUCACUUGGUCUUGGAGGACAUGCAGCCUGCAUAUAGUGAGGAGGUCAUGUACCAAACUCUGAUGAAGUGGAGCAGCUCCCCCGUUCCAGAGCUGGAGUCUCUGGAGGAGCGGCUGCUCUGCGUGGAGACCUCGGAGGCGUCUGUGGGCCUCGUCAUGAUGGUCAUGGAGGCCGUGGCAGCAGUGGCGCCCUUUGAAGGUUUCCUGCCUCUGGCCAACAGGAUCUGCAUCGAAUUAUCUGAACCCACAGAUGUAACCAGAGUGGUGCAGAAAAUCUCAGCAAACAUUUCAUCCAGGACUCAUAUUUGGAACAAAGUAAAGAGCGUCUCCUCCUUGAACAUCUUUAAAGAGCGUCUGCAGAGUUUAUGGAGCGAGCGCAUCGAUAUGGAGCCGAACGCCAGCAGCAAUUCGGCAUCAGGAAAAGACAGCGGAGCUGUGCAGAUGGAGGAGCGAGCGGCAGGAAGCUCGGCUGAAGCAGAGGAUGAGGUCAGAAGAGUGGAGAUGAAGAAGACCGAAGAAGCUGUUUUAAGGCCCAGAGUGACCCACGCAUCGGCCCGUCCAGCUGUGGUUCCUUUCCAGACUGUUGGAGAACAGGUUGGAAAGUUACUCCAUCAAGACAAAAUCUCGUGUCUGAAGAUGGAAGCUGUCCUGCCGGCGAGACUGGUUUCCCUCGGUUACAACGUCCUGCUCAUAACGAACCUUCCAGAUCGUCAGGAUGACGGCUACACAGAAGACGACAUCGCCAACGUCCUCAUCCCGUUUGGAUUUAGAUACAGAGACGACAACAUCUAUGUGGUUCCUCAGGCACGCGUGGCUUUUGCCCUCAUGCAGAGUGUGGUGGAUCUGCAAAACCUCAAGGACGUUUCUGUGAGGAAGAGCUUCUUUCUUAACGGCGUCAGACUUUGUUUACGUGUGGUGAAGGGAAUUCUAAGAACCCCGUUUGACUUUUAUAAAUUCCUGAUGAAGCAGAUGUGUUCAGAUGUGAGGGUAGAUGCUGGAAGGACCGUCUACAUGAAGAGCAUCUCCCAGCGUGAAGCCGGACGCCUCAUGAAGGCGUUGAGUACGAUCGAUUCAGUCAGAAACGUCCUGCCGCUCCUCAAUAAGGUUUUUGUUGAGUUUGAGUCGGCCGGCGACGCUGAUCGGCUAGGAGUGUGGUACAGCCUCCUGAAGUGGCGCUUUGAUCACAAAGUCUACAGAAUGAAGAUCCCGCAGAGCCUCCACACGGCAGAGCCACCCAGAAUGGUAGAGGUUCUUCCUAACGGAGAGGCUGCUGGUGCAGCUGAGACGGCCGUCCGGAUGAGAAGACCCGUACCGCAGGGCAGUACCGCACCGUUUUGGGUCACAAUGACAACCAGUCCCCAUAUGUUCCCCACGGUGUCUCCAUGGUUCAUUAUCCCCGAUCAUAUGACCAUCAGGGAGGCGAGGGACAUUGAGGAGGUUUCCAGUCGGGCUUCUCUGUUUUCCACCGUCAUGCUGACGGGUUUUCCAGAAGCGAACUACACCCAGGAAGAUGUGGCAAAGCUGGUGUGGAGGUAUUUCCCCAGAGGGACUCUCAGCACGCUGCUCUACAACGUCGCGGUGCUGCCGCUGCAGAGGAGGGCUUUUGUGUUCUUCACCAGCUGGGACUCCUGCCUCAGUUUUCUUCAGAACCACAUCAGAGGCGUCGUUUCUGUCAGAGGCUUCAACCUCAACGUCCACUUGGUCCUUCAGGACAUGCAUCCCGGAUCCAGUGAGGAAGUUAUGUACAAAAGUUUGAUGAAGUGGAGCAACUCUCGGGUCUCAGAGCUCGGCGCGCUGGAGCAGCGGCUGCUCUCUGUGGAGACCUCCGAGGCGUCGGUGUCCCUCGUCAUGACGGUCAUGAAAGCGGUGGCGUCCGUUGCGUCUUUCAUCAGCUUCCUGCCGCUUGCUAACAGAAUUUGCGUAGAGAUGGAAGAACCGGAUGGUGUGACUCGGGUUUUGGAGAAAAUUCACUCAACGGAUUUAUCUACCAACAAAAUGUGGAGCAAAGUCCGACGCGUCGAAAGUGUUGGGAUGUUGAAGCAGCGUCUGCAGGACUGUGGAGAAACCGCCAUGAACCUCGAACUGAACUACCAAAAAACCAAAGUCUCUCCUCAUACGUGCGUCUCUGCUUCUAAUAAACCAACCGGCUCCAUUUCUGCGACCACGGAACCUCACCUUAAAUCCAUAGACGAGAAAAAAAAUGGACACAGCACAAGACAAUCUGUUGGUCGAGGUACCUUUUGUGCCAAAACGGCUUCUGAGGUUCAUCAGUUAAAAAGCAAACAGGAAGCAAAUGACGUUCCUGCACAAGGACAGAACCAAAGUCUUGAGGUGAACGAAAACGAUAAAAAAGGUAAAUAUUUAAAGAACGAAGACGGCAGAAUCACAGAACGGACCGAGGGUAAAACUGGAGACGACUGGAGUUUGCUUGUACGUUCUGAAAUGUUUGAAGAUGAGGGACGGGAUGGCGGCGCUGAACCUGAGAGAAGCCAGACGUCACUGAAGGACCUUCAUUUCUCAGAAAUAUCUGAGGAUGAAGGUGAGGUCUGCUCAGAGGAGCACAGUGGAAUGAAGGUGGACGUUUCUGUCCGAAAACCAGACGUGGUCACUGAAAGCCAAGGAUUCAUCGCUGAUGAGGACACUCCAUUGGUGGAAAAAGAAGCGUCUUCAUCAAAACAGUCUCAAGCUUUCAACUGUUCUGAUGAGUCAGCAGUAGAAAAGUCGUCUGGUAAAAUCCAACCUGAUGAGCAAACAUCAAGAAUCGGAGAAGAUUCAGAGACACUGACUGGCGAAAGGGAAGACGAACCUUUCAGGAAAUUCUGCAGAACUUCCACCGAUGAUUCCUUUAAUAAAGACCAGGCUGUUGAAGGUCAAACUGACGUGGUUCUAAAGGGUUUUGCUGAACCAGAAGUCUGUGAGAUGUUGGAUUCAGUUGAAGGAACCAGAAGAGAUGAAUGUCAGAAGCUCAAAGUCUUCAGCGGUUUGAGUUCUAAAGAAAACACGAGGAACGCAGAAGAGACGAAUGUACACCAGGUCAAAGGUCCUAUGGAGGAUCAAACCUCUGCAGAGUUGAAGAUGGAUGGUUCAAUGGACCAAUCUGGACAAGAUGAGAUGAGACGCCAACCUUCUAGAGAUCCACAAGAAGACACAGAGAAAAUGACCACGAUGGAAGAGAAAUAUCAGCCAAUUACACCAACAAAGAGUCAUACAAGAGAAACAAAUAACGAGACAACUUCUAAAGUACAAGAUGUGGACGAAAUGCAAAAAAACUCAAGAGUGGAAAACACAACUUCUGAAGAUUUCACUGCAUCCAUGAAGGACGACUUGACCAGAAAACUGAAUGAAGAGGAAGGACCAUACAGUCCUGACUCUAUGAACAGGAGCCUGAGAACGACACCGGGUGUACCCGUAAACUCUGAAGUUCUCAUCAAUAGAACAGUCCAUUCCCUCCGAGACGAUCAAGUCCAAGACAAGGUGACAUCAAAACGUGAGGUUAUGCUGAGAAAGAAAAACCCAGAAAAACGUUACUUCUCUAAACCUCCAGUUAAAAGAAAAAUCCGCCUGAAAGAGGAGGAGCUGAAGAAAAAGGUUUCUAGGUUUAGUGGAAUAGAAAGUCAGGACAGGAAAGAAAGAAAAAGGUGGUUAGUUGGUACCAGCCAAGAGAUUCCUGAAGAAGUUGAUGGGGAAGAAGUUGGAAGAGGAGGAACGGAAGACGGAGGACGGAAUGAUGGGAAAGUGGAUCUACAGAAGCUCAUUCCUCGUAACAAGAUCUUUGAAGAAAAGGAAAACCACGAGGAAAUGUUGAAGAAAACUGCAAAUGCAGAAGACGAUGAAGACGAAGAGGAGAGAAUAGAAGGUCAGGAGUUCGUCGUGCGUAAACUUGGAUAUUUCUGCCGUCUCUGCUCCGUUUUCUACCUGAAGAAGAACCCCUCCGACGACCUUCACUGCCGCACUGAAACCCACUACCGCAACCUACAGAAGCAUUACAGGAAACUGCAGCAGGAACGACGAAGACUUCCUGACUGACGAAGCAUCGACGAAAACUAAACAAAAUUCUGUCCCACUUUAUUUUUUACGGUCUUUCAUAAAAACGUUAUAAAGUAUAAUUUGUUUUUUCGCUUUUACAGUUUUGUUUGGGACAUUUGUUUCAUUUGAAAAUAAAUUUGGAACAUCAA